GCCUGAUUGCUCCUCCAUGAAGCUAUCCCCAAGGACAUCUGGGAAGAGGCCCCACAAGGCCUUGCACAAGAAGUCAGUUCCUGACCACACAAGACCUGGGGUCCAGGAAUCCCAGCAGGAAAGGGUCCUGGCAGCCACUGUCCUGGCUAGCUGACAGGUUGCGUUGUUCAUCUGUUCUCAAUCCAAGCCUGAUAUCCCUGAGUGGUCAGCCAACAGGGAAGGUUCAUAAUGUUACCCACAACCCUUAGGACCCUGGAGCUGCACACUAACUGCUUGUGUCUCGUUCACUCAGGAUUUCUGAUCUUGUGUGUGUCUUAGUCCCUGGACCAUUCAUACCCCCUGAGUCUGUCUCUGUACCAACUCUACCUCACUGUAUGGGACAGUGGGUAGGGACAAGCUUAACCCCUGCUCUUAGAAGUCCCAUGCACAGUGUGCCACUAUAGUGGGUACUGGGGAAAGCCAGACAUCUCUGGGGCAUCCUUUACCAUACUCGAGCCAGCCUUUGUCAGCUCAUGACAUUCCUGUAGACUGCAAGCAGACACUACUGAGAUACCCUUUUAUAGGCCAGCAGACAGGCUCAGGUGAGAUACCCCCCCCCAGGUCAUACUAAGAUAAGUCAUAGGCAGAGCCUAACUCCAUGUGACAAGCUCUUCAAAACUCUGACAUUCCUCCUGCCUCAUUGUGGGAAAAUGAACUUGUGUGUUCAUUAAGACUUUCCUAUUAUGGACCAACCAGCACAUGGCUGCUCAGGACAGCUUUUAAAGGUGAAUAGAAGGCUAAAGAUGGAGCUCAGUUGGUUGGAGUGCUUGCCUAGUAUACAAGAAAUUCCCAUGUUUGGUCUGGAGUAUGGCAUAAACUAAGUGUGGCAAAAACACCUAUAAUCCCAGCACUUGACAGGUGGAUGCAAGAGGAUCAGAUGUUAUCCCCAGCUAUAUAUUCCACACACACACACACCCACCCACACACACACACACACACACUGUGAGAAGUAUGCAGCUUGAGUUGCAGAUGGUGUGAAAGAGAGAAUACCACAUCCUGAUAUGGGACUUUUUCUGGUUCACAGAGGUAGGCUGUUGAUACUGGACUUGCCCUGACCUGAUGCCCUAAGCACAGAGCAAAGGAAGCUUGUGAACAUAUACUGGAUGGCCACGUGUAACCACUGAGUAGACUGCCCUGAUGUCAUUAGCCUGCACCAGGGUAGGAAUGUAGGCCCAAUUAGAGAAGCUUAGAGCUUGCAAGUAGGGUCCCCAGCCUUUCUACAUUCCAAUAGAAACUUCUAGUGGGCAGGGCAGGGCAGGGCAGGGUGAAUGCACGGGAUGGCCAGCACUUGACCUUUGGUUCGAAAGAGCCAAGCAGGGGCCCCCUUCUAGAGAUACUUUUACAGCUGGAUGCUCGGCCUGUCAUCAUUGGAUGGGACCCAGCCAAGGGGCUGCAGGUAUAAAGGGGCUGAGCCCUUUCCAGUGAGAGCUAAGUCAGCCUGUGAGGCCACUGUGGGCUGAUAACCGAGUAAAGUCUCCUCCAGGCUACGUAGCCUCACUACCACUGGGACAUCCUCCCCUCCAGCCUGUCCAUGUACCUGCCUAGCCACCUCCUGUCAACCUUGGUACUACUUAUGGCUGCACAGUCCCUAGGCAAGACCUGGGUCCCCAGCCACUGUAGAAGUCCCAUCGAAGCUGUAUGCAAUUUUGUGUGUGACUGCGGAGACUGUUCAGAUGAAGCCCAGUGUGGUUUCCAUGGUGCCUUAACCACCCUGAGCACCCCUUUCACCUGCAACUUCGAGCAGGACCCCUGUGGCUGGCAGGACAUCAGCACCUCAGGCUAUAGAUGGCUUCGAGACCGGGCAGGGGCGGUGCUGGAUAGUCCUGGGCCUCGUUCUGACCACACACAUGGCACUGACUUGGGCUGGUACAUGGCUGUGGGAACCCACCAUGGGAAGGAGGCAUCCACCGCAACUCUGCGCUCCCCUGUCAUGCGGGAGGCAGCCCCUACCUGUGAACUGAGGCUCUGGUACCACACAGCCUCUAGAGAUAUCGCUGAGCUGCGGCUGGAGCUGACCCAUGGUGUAGAGACACUGACCCUGUGGCAGAGCUCAGGACCCUGGGGUCCUGGCUGGCAGGAGCUGGUAGUGAACACUGGCCGCGUCCAGGGUGAUUUCAAAGUGACAUUUUCUGCCACCCGAAAUGCCACACACAGGGGUGCUGUGGCCUUGGAUGAUGUGGAAUUCCGGGACUGUGGGCUGCCUACCCCUCAGGCCAGCUGCCCCCUGGGGCACCAUCACUGCCAGAACAAGGUUUGUGUGGAAUCCCAUCAGCUGUGUGACGGUGAAGACAACUGUGGGGACAGAUCUGAUGAAGACCCACUGAUCUGCAGCCACCACAUGGCCACUGACUUUGAGACAGGCCUGGGACCAUGGAACCAGUUGGAGGGCUGGACCCGGAACUACAGUGCUGGCAGCAUGGUGACCCCUGCCUGGCCCCACCGAGAUCACAGCCGAAAUAGUGCAUAUGGCUUCUUCCUCAUCUCUGUGGCCAAGCCUGGCACCACUGCUGUCCUCUUCAGCCCUGAGUUUCAAGCCUCCAUCUCCGACAACUGUUCGUUCACCUUCUAUUAUUACCUGCACGGGUCUGAGGCCAGCCGCUUCCAGCUGUUCCUGCAGGCACAGGGGCUCAACACCCCCCAGGAACCUGUCCUGCUGCGGAGCCACCAUGGAGAGCUGGGGACAGCCUGGGUCAGAGACCGGGUUGACAUUCAGAGUGUCCAUCCAUUUCGGAUCCUUCUAGCAGGGAAGACUGGUCCAGGAGGCAUCAUGGGUCUGGAUGAUCUCAUCAUGUCCAACUCCUGCAGACUUGUUCCAGAUAUGUCCACUCUGCAAUCAUCACGUUCUGGGCCAGAGGCAUUAGCCCUCAGUCCCCAGACAUUCAUCAAGCUGCCCCAGGAAGCCUGCAAGCCAGGACAUCUCUCCUGUGGAGAACUGUGUGUGCCUCCCGAGCAGCUGUGUGACUUCCAGCAACAGUGUGCAGAGGGCGAGGAUGAACAGAAGUGUGGCACCACAGACUUUGAGUCCACCUCUGCUGGGGGCUGGGAGGACAUCAGUGUAGGAAAGCUGCAGUGGCAACGGCUUGGAGCCCAGAACGGGAAACCUGCCAAGGAUGCUCAUCAGGAUAUUCCUGGGCACUUCCUGUCUCUGCAGAAGGCCUGGGGUCAGCUAAGAUCUGAGGCCCGGGCUCUCACACCUGCCCUGGGCCCUUCUGGCCCUCGCUGUGAACUCCACAUGGCUUACUAUUUUCACAGUCAUCCCCAAGGUACUAUAUGUCUCCUGGCCCCAGGCCCAAUCCCCAGGGGCCCCCUGCAUGGUGGACAAGAUCUGAGGACCCACCCAUACAAACUCCCUUGGUCAGGCUUCUUGGCACUGGUUGUGGUAGAGAAUGGCUUCCGGGAGCUGGUGUGGCAGGCCCCAAGCAGCAGCAGCGGGGGCUGGACAGUGGAGAAGGUUCUUCUUGGGGCACGCCACCGGCCAUUCCAGCUGGAGUUUGUCGGUCUGGUGGACCUGGAUGGCCCUGGCCAGCAGAGGGCCGAGGUGGAUAAUGUGACUAUGAGAGACUGCAACCCCACAGUGACCACUGAGAGUGACCAAGAGGUCUCCUGUAACUUUGAACGGGACUCAUGCAGCUGGCACACAGUCCACCUCACAGAUGCCCACUGGCACCGUGUAAAAGGCCAUGGCUCUGAAUAUGACCACACCACUGGCCAAGGCUUUUUCAUGUUUCUGGAUCCCACGGACCCACCUGCUCGAGGACAAGCUGCUGUCUUGCUCACAAGACCCCAGGUGCCGCUUGUCCCCAAGGAAUGUCUCAGCUUCUGGUACCACCUAUACGGGCCCCAGAUUGGGACACUGCACCUGGCUAUGAGGAAGGAUGGGGAAGAAGACACACUACUGUGGUCCAGGUCCGGUACCCAUGGCAACCACUGGCACCAGGCUUGGGUCACUCUUCACCACCAGCUAGAGGUCAACACCAAGUACCAGCCAAUUACCACUCUCCACCCUCAGCUGCUGUUUGAAGGCCUCCGGAAUGGGUACCAUGGCACAAUGGCCCUGGAUGAUGUGGCUGUACGGCCUGGCCCCUGCUGGGCCCCCAGGAGCUGUUCCUUUGAAGACUCUGAUUGCGGCUUCUCUCCGGGGGGCUUGGGGCUGUGGAAGCGCCAGGGUAAUGCCUCAGGCUAUGUUCCUUGGGGUCCUUGGACAGACCAUACCACAGAAACGGCCCAAGGGCACUACAUGGUGGUAGACACCAGCCCAAAUGUACUGCCCAAGGGCCAAGUGGCCUCUCUGACCUCAGAGGAGCACCAGCCCCUGACCCAGCCAGCCUGCCUGACCUUCUGGUACCAUCUAAGCCUCCAUAACCCAGGCACCCUAAGAGUCCACGUGGAAGAGAGCACAAGGCGCCAAGAACUCAGCAUCAGUGCCCAUGGUGGAUUUACCUGGCGUCUGGGCAGUGUGAAUGUGCAGGCUACGCAGGCCUGGAGGGUCGUGUUUGAGGCUGUGGCUGCUGGUGUGGAGCAUUCCUACAUGGCUCUAGAUGACCUUCUCCUCCGAGACGGGCCCUGUGCUCAGCCAGGGUCCUGUGACUUUGAAUCUGGCCUGUGUGGGUGGAGCCACCUGGCCUGGCCCAGCCUAGGUGGGUACAGCUGGGACUGGAGCAGUGGAGCCACCCCAUCCCGCUACCCCAGACCUACAGUGGACCACACCCUGGGCACAGAGGCAGGCCACUUUGCUUUCUUUGAAACCAGCGUGCUAGGUCCUGGGGGCCAAGCAGCCUGGCUGCGCAGUGAGCCACUGCCAGCAACUACAGCCUCAUGCCUCCACUUCUGGUACUACAUGGGCUUUCCUGAGCAUUUCUACAAGGGCAAAUUGAGAGUGCUCCUGAGCAGUGCCCAAGGCCAACUAGCUGUGUGGGAGCAGGGCAGUCACUUGCGGCACCAGUGGAUACAAGUCCAGAUCAAAGUGUCCAACUCUGAGGAGUUCCAGAUUGUUUUUGAAGCCACUCUGGGUGGCCAGCCAGCUCUGGGGCCCAUUGCCCUCGAUGAUGUGCAAUACUUGGCAGGGCAGCACUGCCAGAAACCUCCGUCUAGCCAGGGUGAAAUGGCAGCACCUGUGUCUGUGCCGGUUGCUGUUGGAGGGGCCCUCCUCUUCUUCGUGUUCCUGGUGCUCCUGGGCCUUGGGAGUUGGCACUGGCUACAGAAGCAGCGCUGUCCCUUCCAGAGGAGUACAGAUACAGCAACCUCUAGUUUUGACAACAUCCUCUUCAAUGCGGAUCAAGUUACCCUCCCAGAAUCCAUCACCAGCAGCUCAUAGACCAGACAAGGCCUGGCCCCUAUGCCAGCUCCCACAGCAUUCAGCAUUCAGCCCUCAGAUACCUGACCUACAUCUGGGCCUGGACAUAGGGAUUGGGUCUUGCUUAGCUUCUAUAGCUCUUCCUCCAUCUGGUUGACCCUGCCCUGUGGUGUGAUUAAAGGGUCCUUGCACUGUGAAUAAAUGUUCUACACCAGUGAGACCAA